CAAGCGAUACACAGCCAUACAAAUGGCUGACGUUUUGUUGACAUUUUGAGCCAUCGUUUUGUGUAUCUAAGACUCUUCAGCCACGAGUUUAACCACUAAUUAUCUCCACAUUUAAUCCACUGUUGUUGACAUCACCCGGACAUUCAUUUCCCAGAUAUAAUCCGCGAUGGGAUGCGACGGCGGGACUAUACCCAAGAGGGAUGAGUUGGUGCGGACGAAGCGGAAGAGGGAACGGGCGGACCGGUCGGUGCAAUUGGCGGCCAAAUGGCGCUCGUGUGCCAUCAGUACCGCAAAACUGGUGGAACCGGUCGUGUCGUGCGAGUUGGGCCGGCUGUACAACAAGGACGCCGUCAUCGAGUACUUGUUGGACAGGGAGUCGACGCCGAACGGCUCGCUCUGCGCGCACAUCCGAUCGCUCAAAGAUGUGGUCACUCUUCGGCUGACCGUUAAGUCCGACUUCAAUGAUAAGAAGCCGGAGAUCGACGGCCAGUAUAUCGAUGAACACGACUCGAUGUAUGUCUGUCCGGUGGUCGGCGUCGAGAUGAAUGGUAAAUACAAGUUCUGUUACAUCCGGUCGUGCGGUUGUGUGGUGUCCGAGAGGGCCCUCAAGGAAGUCAAGUCCGACGUCUGCCAUAAGUGUAACAAAGAGUACGCCGCGGAAGACGUGAUUGUCAUCAACGGGUCCGACGAAGAGGUGAAAGAGUUGGAGAAUCGCAUGAAUGAGCGCCGACUGAAGGCCAAGGAGUCCAAGAAGUCGCGCAAACGAAAGGCCACUGAAGUGGAGGUCACCGACGGCUCGCAACAGACCAGCGCUACAGACAUUCCGUCGACCUCUUCGUCGUCCGCGGCCUCCGCAUCGGCGCCCAAGACGUCCAAACCGGUGGACAAGUCGUCAAAAGACUAUUCGGUGGCCAAAGACCCGAUGGUCAGCGAGACAUACAAAUCGUUGUUCACAUCGCAUAAGUCGGCCAAAAACAGGCCGACCGCCCAUUGGGUCACAUUUAAUCCGUGCUAUAAUUGAUCCGCGAGUUCUUGUGGUCAGUGUAUUAUCACUGAAUUGUUUUCAUUAAAUCCUUUAAUUUCAUAAUCGACACUAAAAUUUGAAUUAAAAUAUAUGUAUAAUCUUAACAAUAAAUCUCAUAAAAUAGUUUUCUUUCUCUAAAUACAGUACUAUAUUGGCGACG